AUGACUCGGUACGGGGGCAUGGGGAGGACGCGCCCGAAAAAACUCACCUCUAAGGCGUCCAUUCCCGUCGUCCGCGAACACGAGAUCGAUACCCUCGACGAAGACACCCAGAGCUCUCUACAACAGAUUGAAACCGGCGUUGAAAAGGCCGAGGAGUCGGAAAUCCAUUUGCAAAUUGCAAUCAAUGCCACGGCCCAGGGCAAAGUAAAUAAUGCGGCACACAUCCCUACCCCCGAGACUAUUCUCAGUAAUCUCCAAUAUGACGAGCUAUAUCCUCCCGUCUUCUCGCAGCCUGCGACAUAUAUUCGCUUCUCCUCAACUGUCGAGGACUGCUGCGGAUGUCCGUACAACAUGACAGAGGAAGACGAUGUCUUCCUCAAGAUCAUGAACCAAAAGCGCGACGCGUCGGCGAUGCCAUGCACGGAGGAUAUUUUCGAGGAAGUCAUGAACUUUUUUGAGGAGACCGCGCAGACUAAGCAGCCAUUUGCUGCAGUCGAUAACCCGCCCGUUUUGUCAUUCGAAGACAUGCAAGACAUGAUGGACGCCAGUUUAGAAGAUUCCAUGAAGCCCUUUGCGAAAGAAAUAUAUGAACACUGGAAGUCGUCUCGAAUGACUGUGCAGAACAACUCCCUUGUAUCACAGCUCAAGUUUGAAACCGGCCAAGACACCGAUGAUAGCGAUCCCUUUGUGUGUUUCCGUAGACGCGAGGUCCGCCAGAUUCGCAAGACCCGUGGCCGAGAUGCGCAAAGCGCAGAGAAGCUGCGACGUCUCCGCAAAGAGCUGGAAGAUGCUCGUGAGCUCGUGGCUUUGGUGCGCCAGCGUGAGAUUGCUCGCAAGGAGAUGCUCUCGAUGGAGAAGAAGAUCUUUGAGCAGCGUGCUCAAGUGAAGGAGAUGAAGCGUAAGCUCAACGUCAAGGAUGACGACGAAGACCUCAUCAACCAAAAGGUAAGCGUCGCUGCUCUGGUCGCCAGAAAACGUACAUGUGCUGACCAAUCACCAAAGCCCAAGAAGAGAGUGCUCGAGAUGCCUCAACAGCGUCCCAAUGCUCCUCAAUUGCGCAUGCCUCUCAAGGCAGGCCUUCAAGGCGCAGAGGAUCUUCAGCUCUUGGAGGAAGUUCAAGCAGAGAAAGAAAACGAGAUUCUGCGCGAUAUCAAGCAGAAUAUCACCAAGCACAUCAAGUGGAACGAGGGAUACGUGGAUCAUACACGUGCACCAUUAUCUCCAUCCCCCGAAAGGACUUUCGAUGUGGCAGCUUUCCGACCAGCUUUCACUGCCCAAUUGCCUACUCCUCCUUCAUCAGAAGCAUCUGGUGAGAUGGAGACCUCUUUAGAUGUCACAAGCCCGCUUUUCUCUCGAGACAAGCUAGCUUCGCAUGCCUUGGCAUUGCACGACGAGCCGCAUAAAAUGCCAUCUUUCCGACGACGAGUAGGACGUGGUGGCCGAUUGAUGAUUGACCGUCGUAACAUGGGAACUCACAAGGUCGAAUUGGAUCCCCUCAAGGCAGAUCGCUUCAAGUUUGACAAUGAGGAUUCCGAUGAGGAGCCCGAAUAUGAGACCGAUGCGUACAGUAUCCAGAUCAUGCAACAUCGGGCCAUCACAAUGGCCAAGGCGCGCGAACAAGCCGCUCAGGCUCAAGUGGCUGCCCAGGCUCAUGCGCAGGCGCAAGCCCAGGCAGUCCAAGCCCAAGUACAAGCUCGACGACUCCAAGACCAAAAUGGUCCCCACGGACCUGGGUCCAAUGCCCCGGUGGCAGCGUCUGCAGCCUGA